AUGGAUGAUUCGGACCAACCCGUUUCUGAAUUUUGGCUGUAUGGCUACGGAAGUCUGAUUUGGAAGCCACCACCUCACUUUGACAGAAGAAUCCCUGGAUAUGUCACAGGUUAUGUGCGUCGGUUUUGGCAGGCCAGUGAGGAUCAUAGAGGAACCCCUGAGGCGCCUGGGCGCGUUGUCACCUUGAUAGAGCGGCCUUACUGGGAAUCGUUGGAUGAUACAUAUCACUCCGCACCUUCCAAGGUCUGGGGUGUUGCAUAUCGAAUCUUGCCCGAGCGUGUCGCCGAAGUCAAAGAAUACCUUGAUAUUCGCGAAAUCAAUGGUUACUCUAUACAUUUCACACCGUUUCAACCGGCAGAUGGCUCCCAGGCGUUUAAAACGCUGGUCUACAUUGGAACCCCCGACAAUGCCCAAUUCGUGGGGCCCCAGGAACCUGAUCAGCUCGCUCGUCAUAUCCAUGCGAGCAAAGGACCUAGUGGGUUAAAUAAAGAUUACCUCCUUGGUCUUGACCGGGCUCUUGAUGAGUUAUCGACCGAAAGUACAGACGAACACAUUACAGAUCUUGCAAACCGAGUCAGAGCAUUGGACGCCUCAGCAUAA